GACGGCGUAUAAAGACGCUCCCCUAAGCACGUGACUCCUUUCCGCCCGACUGUUGCCGCCAUCAUGGACACGAGUCGUGUGCAGCCUAUCAAGCUAGCCCGGGUCACCAAGGUGCUGGGCAGGACCGGUUCCCAGGGACAGUGCACGCAGGUGAGGCGUGGGGCCGCCCGGGAUCGGAACUGCCCCUCGUGGAAUCCGAGAACCCUUUGUCCCAGGUUCCUGGAGGUCCGCGUGGAGUUCAUGGACGACACGAGCCGCUCCAUCAUCCGCAACGUGAAAGGCCCUGUGCGCGAGGGCGACGUGCUCACUCUGCUGGAGUCGGAGCGAGAGGCUCGGAGGCUGCGCUGAACUGGUGCCUGGGUCCUGGCUGGCUGGGUGAACCACAUAGCCCAUGGGGAAGAUGCUCCACUGUUAAUAAAGCGUUUGUGUAAAUUCGG